GAACAUUCUAGCACUCUAUGACCUGUGCCGGUGCGUGGUGCUGGAGCCCUGGCCCCCAGCUGAGCCGCCGGGGCCUUCAGGAGGUGGGGGCUCCCUGAACUCGUGGUCCUCCCUGGCCGGGGCUGCAGCCGAGACAAGGGUCAGGAGGGUGUCUUCCUCUUGACCUUGAGCACCUGCACCUGUGCCCUUCAGUGUUCCUGGGCACACUGGCCACCCUGGCUCCUGGCUGAGAGCCCACCCUGGGGAUUCUCCAAGUGGGUCUGACCCCACUUCCUGACGCAGGCUGACGGUCACCCAGCUGGUUAGCCAUGUCAUCGGAGCCUCCCCCCCCGCCGUCGUCACAGCCCCCUACCCACCAGGCUACCCACCAGACAGGGCUGCUGGACACGCCUCGGGCCCGUGAGCGCUCACCGUCCCCGCUGCGGGGCAACGUGGUUCCCAGCCCAUUGCCUACUCGCCGGACCAGGACCUUCUCCGCGACGGUGCGGGCUUCCCAGGGCCCUGUCUACAAAGGAGUUUGCAAAUGCUUCUGCCGGUCCAAGGGCCACGGCUUCAUCACCCCGGCGGACGGCGGCCCUGACAUCUUCCUGCACAUCUCCGAUGUGGAGGGCGAGUACGUCCCAGUGGAAGGCGACGAAGUCACCUACAAGAUGUGCUCCAUCCCCCCCAAGAACGAGAAGCUGCAGGCCGUGGAGGUCGUCAUCACCCACCUGGCUCCGGGCACCAAACACGAGACCUGGUCUGGGCACGUGGUCAGCUCUUAGGAGACGCCCACCGCACACCUCUCCUGGGCUGGUGGGAGACUUUGGGGCAGCAGGACCAUGCCGGGAACAACAUUGCUGCCCAAGCUGGGGCUGGAGGAGGGUGUGAUCCCCAAGUUCCUCCUGGAGGAACUGGGGCCACAAGGGAGCCUCCCCUCCCCCGCCACCAGCACAGCCUUUGACCAUCGCAACAACCUCUUACCAUCUGAAAAAUAUUAAAAGCAUUUAAAAAGGA